GUUGGCAGCAGCGUGGCCUCCUCUCGUAGAGAUUACGUAUGUGCCUCAGAAAAGAAAAGGGUGAGCAACGAAAGCCAGGAACGACAGACUGUAGACUGGACAUACGGAACAGAAUCCGAACUAAAAGACCCGCUCAGACAUUGGAAUGAGGGAGUCGACAAUGAAAGCAAUGGCUGGACCCAGGCCUGUGGUGUUUAGCGGCCCGUCCGGUGCAGGGAAGAGCACUUUGCUCAAGAAGCUCAUGAAGGAAUAUGACAACGUCUUUGGGUUCAGCGUCUCCCAUACAACAAGAAAUCCUCGACCUGGAGAAGUGAAUGGCAAAGAUUACCAUUAUGUUACACGGGAGGAGAUGAAGGCAGGCGUCGAGAGAGGAGAUUUCAUCGAGAGCGCAGAGUUUUCCGGAAACAUGUACGGGACGAGUAAAGCCGCUGUGCAAAAAGUCCAGGCCCAGAACCUCAUCUGUAUACUGGACGUUGACAUGCAGGGGGUGAAGAACAUCAAAGAAACAGACCUCAAUCCCCUGUACAUCUCCAUCCAGCCACCAUCCAUGGAAGUCUUGGAAAACCGUCUGAGAGACAGAAAAACGGAGUCGGAGGAGAGCCUCCAGAAGCGUUUGCGUGCAGCCAAGGUGGAUAUGGAGAUUGGUAAAGAACCUGGCGUAUUCGAUGUUAUAAUUGUCAAUGAUAAUUUGGAGGAUGCUUACAAGGUGUUAAAAAGUGCUCUCAAUGAGGAAAUCGACCAGGUCAAGAAAACAAACAUGUCUUCGUAGGAGACCGCAGCGUCCCGACAACUCAUAGUCCUGUCCAGCCUCUCCUCCUCCUCCUCCUCUCCCCGCACCAAAGCAAAAACAAAGACCUCCAUUCCAGUCGUGUACAUUCCCACAGAUGACCAUCUGUGUAGGUUUCACAUCAUGUUUAGAAGUACAGCAGAUGAUACCAUACUGUUCAGUGGAACACUUUUUUGUUUUGUUUUGUUUUUUACCAGCAGAGUGCUUUAUAUAUUUUUUAAUUUCAGUUUUAUGAAGAAGAAAAAAAACUAACUCCAACAAUCCGUACUUGAUAUGCGACUGGUAGAGUUCUCUGAACACCAUUUACAGAACACUGGACGUCGACAUGAACCAACACAAAUGUAACUCAUUCCAUCCAUUUAACUAGUUUGUCAAGAGUAUGACAAAUCAGAUGUCCUGGUUACUGGCAGCAAGUUAUGCUUAUGCUUUUUUUUUUCUGAUCGUGAAAUAGUAGAGAGUCACUCAGCUCUCAGGCUCAGGAGGGAAACUUCACCUUUUAGCUGUUCUCUGGAAAACAUGGAAGUUGUUUACUUACAAGAAGGAAUACAUGCAUGUCAACUGUGCUGUUAACAUAACUAUCCCAGUACUGGUUAAAUCUGUUACUCUACUUUAGUUAACAUAAUGUGCUAAUAAUAACUCCAUUAAAGUUUGGUUUGCAGUAUAAGAGUUAAGUACUGAUGUGCUGUAGCAGGAUUAAUUCCUACGAGAGACAUGGAAAAGUUAUAGCUUGGAACAACAUCAGUAGUACAUCUCAUGCCCGGGGCGGGUGGGGGGAGGUGACAAUUCAACUGCUUAUUUUAUAGUUGUAUAUUUUUAAAACAUUUUAUAUUGUGUAGCAUUUUCAGUUUGCAGCUUCAGGUGUCUGGUAAAAUGGCAUUCUGUGGACUAAUUUCUAAAAAAAAAGAAAAGAAAGAGGAGCAUUUUAAUUUGGAGACAAAACAAAAUGGCAUGUUUCUUUUUUAAUAUUGCUUACAACCAAGCACCGAGUAAAUAUCAUUGUACCUGGAAGAAAAUAUUUAUAUUCCAUAUGUAUAUACACAAUACAGGCAUCUUGUAACACCUAUUUUCCUUCCGAUUCAUUUUCUGUUCCUGUUAUUACAAUGACAAUGUAGAAAUAAUUAUGCUAUAUCAUAUUUAUAGAGAAGCCCUCAGUCCUCUGGUUUGCCAUUUCACCUAACCAGCUACCACAAUACUCCACUUGUUGUGGGAAAAUUAUGUCCAUUAAAUAUAUAUGACUGUUACCUGUUGAAAGUCCAUUAAAUAUUUUAAAAAGCAA